AUGUCACUCAGUAAGAACAAUAUUAGGGAGUUCAAACUCGUCGUUGUUGGUGGCGGUGGUGUGGGUAAAUCUGCACUUACCAUCCAAUUGAUUCAAUCACAUUUUGUGGAUGAAUAUGAUCCGACUAUUGAGGAUUCAUACCGCAAACAGGUGGUGAUAGACGACAAAGUUUCGAUUUUGGAUAUCCUGGACACAGCUGGCCAAGAGGAGUACUCCGCAAUGCGGGAACAAUACAUGCGUACUGGAGAAGGAUUCCUAUUGGUUUAUUCAGUCACGUCACGGACGUCGUUCGAUGAACUGAUGACGUAUUAUCAACAGAUUCUAAGAGUCAAAGACGCAGAUUAUGUGCCGGUAUUCCUAGUCGGAAACAAAAGCGAUUUGGAAGAUGAACGCCAAGUGUCGUACGAAGAAGGUGUCAGCCUUGCCAAACAGUUCAGUGCUCCGUUCAUGGAAACCUCUGCAAAACAGGCCAUUAAUGUAGAAGAGUCUUUUUACGGUCUUGUGCGGCUGGUUAGAGACAAUGGAGGGGUUUACAACGUAGCUGAAAAGGAGGAGUUGGAGAAAAAAUUUCGUCAACAAAGUAACAGUGCUGUUGGAGAAGGGAUCACAACAAAUGGAACCGCUUCAGGCUCUACUGAGACCGACGAGGACCCAACCAGCGGAAGAGCACCUGUUGCAGGUGCCAAUGGUACCCCUGAUACUACCAAUCGUGGAGUCAAUGGAAGCGCAACUGAUGGCCAACGUAGGGCUGCUCAGGGCCGUGUGGAGACAAGACAGGAUAAGACCAAGACCAAAGAGAAGUCGGGCGGGUGUUGCAUUAUAGCUUAA